AGAGCCCUGCGAACCUCCUCAUCAGCCGAACAACCAAUCGCAGUGCUAGCUCGUCGAGCACUCGCCAAGACACCAGCAAUGGCGGCUCGGCUUGUCGUCGCGUUCCUCGCCCUGUCCUCCGCCUGCUUCCUGGCCGUCUCCGGCCAGAAGUACAACGCCAUCUUCAGCUUCGGCGACUCCAUGUCUGACACCGGCAACCUCUGCGUGAACGGCGCUCCCGCCGGCCUGACGCUCACCCAGCCCCCCUACGGCGAGACCUUCUUCGGCCGCGCCACCUGCCGCUGCUCCGACGGCCGCCUCGUCGUCGACUUCCUCGCUGAGAAGUACGGGCUGCCGCUGCUGAAGCCAUCGAAGCAGGGCGGCGCGGACUUCAAGAAGGGCGCGAACAUGGCGAUCAUCGGCGCGACGACCAUGGACUCGGGCUUCUUCCAGUCGCUGGGCAUCGCCGACAAGAUCUGGAACAACGGGCCCCUUAACACCCAGAUCCAGUGGUUCCAGCAGCUCAUGCCAUCCAUCUGCGGCUCCACGCAGGCCUGCAAGUCGUACCUGUCCAAGUCCUUGUUCGUGCUGGGCGAGUUCGGCGGCAAUGACUACAACGCCCAGAUCUUCGGCGGCUACUCGCCGGAGCAGGCGAGCGGGCAGAGCGCGACCAUCGUGGACGCCAUCGGCAAGGGCGUGGACCAGCUCAUCUCCCUCGGCGCCACGUCCAUCGUCGUCCCCGGCGUGCUCCCCGUGGGUUGCUUCCCGAUCUACCUCACCCUGUACCAGACCUCCAACGCCGGCGACUACGACCAGUACGGCUGCCUGAAGCGCUUCAACGCGCUGUCGAGCCGCCACAACCAGCUGCUCCAGGCCAAGGUGUCGAGCCUGCAGAGCAAGUACCCCGGCGCCCGGAUCAUGUACGCCGACUUCUACAGCCACGUGUACGACAUGGUGAGGAGCCCCGGCAGCUACGGGUUCAGCACCAACCUGAGGGCCUGCUGCGGCGCCGGCGGCGGCAAGUACAACUACCAGAACAGCGCGCGGUGCGGGAUGUCCGGCGCGUCGGCGUGCUCCAACCCGGAGUCGUCGCUCAGCUGGGAUGGCAUCCACCUCACCGAGGCGGCGUACAAGAAGAUCGCCGACGGGUGGGUCAGCGGGGCCUACUGCCACCCGGCCAUCGGGGCAUAGAGGGACUAUUGAGCUCCGGGAAGGAAUCAAGGGUUGGAUUGGAUGGCUACUCAAGUUAGGGGAAAGGGAUGGGGUUGUUAAUUGUUUAUUUUCUAGCUGGAAAACAAGAAGAUGAUCUGUGAGAAUGAAUAAUCAAUUAAGCAUAGUUUUCUUUGUGUUCAUCACGCGACAGCAAUGCGAACAGCGAAUGCCACUUGUGUAGUGUGCGAUUGGGAGGCUA